UUCCUCUCUUUUUUCCCCACUUGGCUGAAAAGACCUCACCAAAAAACCAAUCAAGUGAGCAUUUGUAUCAAUGCUCAAGGAGAAGUUAAACACUACAGACCUCGAUGAUUUCUGCAUCAAAAGCUGCAGUUGCCCAUUGUCGAUUCAUCAAAUCCGCUCAAAUUGGGUACACUUACGGGACCAAUAAGGUACUGAGUGUCUACGCAAAAUGCCGAGAUCUGGUUGCUGCUCUCAAGCUGUUCGAUGAAAUGCCGCACAGAGACACAGCUUCUUGGAACACCAUGAUUGCUGGCUACGUGAACUCUGGGAACUUCUGGAGUGCUUGGGAUUUCUUGAAAUCCAUGAAGCAGCAUGGUCUUGUGUCUGAUGUCUACACCUUCGGGAGCAUUCUUAAAGGUGUUGCCGCUAAUGCUGAUCUCUCUUUUGGGCUACUGGUGCAUGCGGAUGCUGUCAAGAUGGGGUGCGAUGGGAAUGUUUAUUCUGCAAGUGCUCUGAUAGAUAUGUAUGCCAAGUGUCGAAGUAUGGAGGAUGCAAAUAAAGUGUUUCUCCAUAUGCCCGAGCGCAACACUGUUUCGUGGAAUGCUUUACUAGCAGGAUAUGCGGUGACUGGUGACCGUGAGAAUUGUUUUCGGUUGUUGGAAGGAAUGGGGAGAGAGAACGUGCAGUUGGAUGAUGGAACAUUCUGUCCAAUUUUGGCCUUGUUAGAUGAGCAGGUGUUUUACACGCUUGCAAUGCAGCUUCAUGGAAGAAUCCUAAAAUCUGGAUUGGAUUUUGAGAAUGCAGUUUCUAAUGCUCUAAUUAGCGCAUACGCUAACUGUGGAAGCAUUGAGAAUGCAGAGAAAGUGUUUGAUGGCACCAACAGUUGUAGAGAUCUGAUCACUUGGAAUUCAUUGAUAGCAGCUUACGUAGAAUGUGAUCAAGGGAUGGAAGCAUAUAGGCUAUUCUUGGACAUGGGAAGACUUGGUUUGGAUCCAGAUAUAUAUACAUUUACUACUAUAAUUAGUGCUACUGAUGAAAUUCAUCCAAAAAGCCAUGGAAAAUGCUUGCACACUUCGGUUAUUAAGAGGGGAUUGGAAAAUGUAACAAGCAUCGCUAAUGCUUUAAUUUCCAUGUAUCUCAAAUCUAAUGGUAGUUAUAUUGAUGAUGCGCUGAAAGUUUUUGAAUUUUUGGAUGCAAAAGAUUCUAUAUCCUGGAAUACAAUUUUAACAGGAUUGUCCCAAAAUUCAUUAAAUGAAUUAUCCUUCAAGAUAUUUGAGGAAAUGAGGUCUCACAGCAUUGAAAUGGAUCAAUAUGCCAUUACAGCCAUCCUUCGAUCUUGUUCAGAUCUGGCAAUAUCUCGAUUGGGUCAACAGGUUCAUGCCUUGAUAUUUAAAACAGGAGUCAAUGUAUAUGAAUAUGUCACUGGCACAUUGAUAUUCAUGUAUUCCAAGUGUGGACACAUUGACGAUGCAUGUAGAACCUUUGAAGAAUCACCAAAGGACAGUUCAAUCAUUUGGAACGCAAUUAUAUUUGCAUACGCACAACAUGGGAUGGGUGAAGUUGCACUUGAUCUUUUCUCUUCAAUGACAAAAUGGAAAGUCAAUCCAGAUCAUGUCACUUUUGUUGCUGUUUUGACUGCUUGUAGCCACAUUGGUCUGGUAGAAGAAGGUCGAAAUUUUCUGAAUUCUAUGGAAUCUGAUUAUGGGAUCCCACCAAGAAUGGAACAUUAUGCUUGUGCAAUAGACUUACUCGGGCGGGCUGGGCUUAUGAAGGAGGCAAAGGAGCUUAUUCGGGGUAUGCCGUUCCAACCGGAUUCAAUGGUUUUGAAAACACUACUUGGAGCCUGCAGAACAUGUGGCGAUAUUGAACUAGCCAGCGAGGUAGCACACCAUUUGUUGGAAUUGGAUCCUGGAGAACAUUGCAUUUAUGUUUUGAUCACCGACAUGUUUGGAAAGCAAAAGCUUUGGGAUGAAAUAGCUUCUGUAAAGAGGUUGAUGAAAGACAAGGGAGUGAAGAAGAUCCCUGUCUUCCUCGCAUGCUUUAUUGUCGACCAACCUCCCCUUUCGGAAGAGGUGGUGGUUGAGGACGUCUCCGAAGAUGAUGGCCUCUACGACUUCCCUCCGGGGACCCUGAGGGGAUCCAGCCUUAUCCCCGGCGUUCCCCACACUCCUCUCUUUGGCAGGGGGACUUCUUCUUCGGCUCGGCCCAUGGGUUCACUAGGUUUCCAUCCCCAAACCAGUGGGACCCUUCCGACUGGACGCGCCACUGAUUCUACGGCAAGGAGUGUUUUUGGGACACCCUUUGGCCACCGAAACGUUCCUCUCUCUGGAGCAAACAUCCAUCAGUCUUUUUUGGAGACGGAGGAGCUAAUUCGGUCCUCCAGCUUUGGAAAGGAUCCUGUCCCAUCCUCCAUCCGUUCCACUGCCGUCCCCUGUCCAUCAACUCAGGAGACUGGGUCUUCCUCUUCUUCUCAGGCCCGCCACAAGAGGGGCUGGACCUCCACUCCUCUCCCAGGCUCUCUGGUGUCCGCCAGUCCUCCCAUGGGGACAGCCGAUGAUGGGUUUUUUACCGGGCAAGGGAGUCAGUCUUUUCCCUUUGCCCGUGAGGCCUAUCAGUUCACAGGGUACACGUCCUGGGUUGGACGGGACUUCAACAACAAGCUUCAAGAGAUACAACAGCUUAAGAGGGACCACCCAGAUGCCGAUUAUGUUGCCACUUCCUCCGCUCAGCGCCAAUCCCUUCGUCUCUUGGAUCGCAAUGCUGCUCUAUCACGGGAGCUGAGGGAUUUCAAAUCCCGGCAUUUUAUUUGUGUUGAGCGUCCGGAAUAUGACCGGGUCUUGUCCGAGAACAAUCAGCUCCACUCUGACCGUGAGCGGCUUGCGGCCAAGGUCGGACAGCGUGACCUAAACCGGAUCCACGAUCUCAAUGAGAUUGAAUUUCUGAAGAGGGACCUGGAACGGCAGGUCAGAGAGCGUGAAUUGCAACUUCGAGAGGAGGCCGAACUCCACCGAAAGAGAUCAGAGGAGGAGCUGGAGCGAACGUGGCGUCGUCGAUCCAAGGAGGAGGCGAGGAAGGCGACGGAAGAGGUUGAGCAGAGUUGGCGCCUCCGACACGAAGAAACGGAACGUCGACUUUCUCAACGAGUCGACGAACUAAACUUGACUCAUAUGGAGGAGAGGCGUUCAGCUCGGAGUUCCCUUGAUGAGGCCCGCCGCUCGCUUGAGAACGAGCAUCUUACUUAUGAGGGACAUAUGGCUCGGAUGGAGGCCGAUCGCAUCUCAGACUACGGUCGAGGUUUCUAUCGCGGAGGGUUGGAGGUCCAACAGAAAUUUUAUCAUGGACUGGAGCCCUACUAUGACAGACUAGAUCCUUGGCUGAAGUUUCCAGGCAUCCCAGAACCCAUGGGACCAGAGCCUUCUUACCUCCGUUCCUCUCCCUCGCCCUGAAUUCUCAAGCCUUCAUUGCAGUUUGUUUAAGAACGGUCAUUAUGUGCUCUUGUAUUGAUUUUGUCACUUCUUUGUAUGGAUCAGUCCUCUUUGUAUGGCUCUCUUCUGAUUUUAUCCCUUAUUGUGGGAAAUCGGUCCCUCUUUUUUUUAUUAUUACUCAUGGACCGGAGCAAUUGAUGAUGAAUGGAAAAUUUCUUUUUCAUGUUUAUAGCACAGUACAUUCCAUUCUCUCGCAAUAAGAGGAAAAGAGAAAACUCUAAAAGUGAGGCUUGAAAAUUAUGGGAGGACGGAACCUUGAACAGAUAGCCUUUACUGGUAGAAU